UGUCAGUUGGUCAGGGUCAUGUGAGCAAUUUCCUUCCUCAAUUGUCCAUUUUUUUGCUGUUGAUAGCGACAAAAUUGACGUUUACCAACCUUGACCUACAUUUGAGGAGCUAGCAAGGCUUGUUUACUUUUGGAGGUCCGGAUGGCAUCCUGGUAGCCGAAAGGCGACAAAUCAACUGGAGUAGUUUCUAAUAAGUGCGGAUUCGGGGAGUGAGAUGGAGGCUCCAGAGGGUGACAGGAAGGAGGUUCGGCGGCCGAUGAAUGCGUUCCUCAUUUUCUGUAAACGGCAUCGUACAAUGGUACGUGAAAAGAAUCCUCACCUUGACAACCGGAGUGUGACACGGAUCCUUGGCGACCUGUGGGCGAACCUUCAGGAGGAGGAGAAGUCUCAGUACACAGACCUGGCUAAACAGUAUAAGGAUGCAUUUAUGAAGGCAAACCCAGACUACAAGUGGCACAACCCUGACAGACUUACUCACUGUCCGACUGGCAAGCCACUAACCCGCCCCUCAAACAUACGCUUGGGCAGAGAUGAGAGUGAGCUCUCCUUGGAGGGAUCCAUUACACCAGGAAAACUAGCAGAUCCUAGUAACAUGGGUGGUCUGAGUAACCUUCUCGUGGACAAACCACCUUACAGUGACAGUCAUAAACUGACUUCUGCUGCGAAGUCCGCCACGACAGGAACUCCUCAGGCCUCUGUCACGUCACUCAUGGAUCUGGCUAUGAUGUGCAGCUCCGAGCUCAGUGAUGACCAGUUGAUGUCAGAUCACCAUGGAAACAUAGUUGACCAUAGUAACAAGAUCCUUGACUUGACCACAAAAGAAGAAAAUUGUAUUGACAUGGAGGAAGUGAGAAGCUUUAAUGGUUCAGGGGAAUCAAAUGACAGCGAGAAAGGCUGGAGUAACAACAGUGAUAGGGAAAGUAAGGGUGGAUUAGACUCCAGUGGUGAUAAAAUGGUGGGUAAGUGUGAGGACGGAGUUGACAAUAGGACCUCAGGAAAGGUCAUGGUGGAAAACCUGAUAGAUAAGUUAUACACAGGGUCUGGUGUUCAGUCACGGCCCAGUAACAAUGUAGGUAACAGGGAUACGGGAUCAAGCAAGACUGAGGUCCCCGGGCUCGUAACAUCUAGUCCUGCUGAUGUGACUGGCUUAUCAGGGACUAGGCCAAAAGGUUCAUCUAUUGGUGCCCAACACAUACCUGGUCUUGCUUCGUUCCUGAUGAAUAAAUCCACCAAGUACAACGUGAAUGAUGAGUUGGUACGGGGAGAAAAUUACGGUGGGCGAAAGCGUUGCUACUCAGAGACGAGUGUUGAUAUCUAUGCAGACCAUAGGAAGCUACAUCGAAUUCUGAAGGACAAUGGUGCAGAGGAGAACAUCGAGUUACAACCAGCAUCACUGGACCAGGAGUUUGGGGAGGGAGAGGUGACAGAGGAUGGAAUGCAUCCAGUUCGGAAGUCCAAAAGACGUAAUCGAGGUCAGAGAUAUCAGGAGCUCAUCAAUGAGGGAAUAAUUCAGCCGUCCAAGGAGAGGAUGGCGGUGAUAAAAGGGGGGACCAAUAGUAGUCACAAUGAGCAAGACAGCAGUGAGGAGGAAGUGGUUCCCAGACCUCUAGGGGAUCUUGGGUUUGACGUUCUGUCGGUGUACCCCAGACAGAUCCGCAAACGAACGUGUUCGGAAUCGGAGAAAACUCGCUCUCUUCAGGAAGACAUCCAACGGUACAAAACUGGUGAUUUUGACUUGGAGGCUCACAUCGCCACUCUGCCAGCUUGUUCCCUGGAGAAGGUGUCGCGGAACUCCAAACGUCCAGCCGGGAAAGUCCGCUCAAUGAGUGAAAGCUGUGGGCGAUCUUCUGGUAUGAUAGAAACCAAUGGCUCACUUCCAGGUGUGGCUCCGGUGCCUGAAGUAGUGUUGACUGUUCCCCCUCACCUCAAACAAAACAAACAGGCUGAGCCAGUGACUGGAAGUCAGCGACGCAAGGCUCGCAAACACUCUGUCACUCAUCUCCAAUUAGUCCGGCCAGCACAAAACACAUAUGAAAAAAUAAAGGUUGAGGUAUCAAACACAGUCAAGAAAACUGAAGCAAGUCUAAUACAAGCUGAACCUGGAGAUAGACCAACUCCAAACUCAAACUUUGAUCCAAAGCUGGAUGUGAUAAAAUCUGACAUGUCGGAGACAACUGACCAAAAGCAAAGUAUAAAUACUGAUGCAGGUCAGAGGUCAGUCGACAAGUUUAGUGAAAAUACAAACACACUGAAUGGAAACACUCUGAGUGCGUGCAAUAUGAUUGACAACAUUCUCGUGUCGCUGGUUGACAGGAAGGAUGCUGCAUCAGGCAAUGUGGUGGACAGUAGCUGUGGGACUGUUCAUUGCCCGAUAGACUCUCAAGAAAAUUAUAUUGAAUUACUAUGUAACUCAGCAGCAGUUUCUGCUCCUACACAACAAAUCAGCACAGAUUCAGCGGUUAAUCUCCUUACAUCACAAAUGAUUGGUUUAGAAAAUGCAGCUUUCCCCCUUUCUCCACAGAUUACCAGCAUGGAUACGUCACCUUCAUUGACUAAAUCAGAUUUGUCUGGAUUUGAAUGUGGAUUGGAAGGUUUCACUAGCUUAAAAACACCAACUGCUGGAAAAGGAGAGCAGAAAUCUCUAUGCAUUUUGUCCACAGAAGCCAAUAUCACGCCUGUAAGUAGUGUGGUCAGUACCACCACCGAUAUCACUAUGCGCAAUAACUCUCCACAAUUUGACAAUUCGUCCAGUGAUGAGAAGACAAAAGACUUGUUGAAGGACAGUGGUGAUGUUCAAUCUGUUCAUACUUCUAUCACCAUGGCAACCAGCAGCCCAGCAGGGGGGUCCUUCAUUUCUGAGGUGCCAUGCGUCACGGGACAGGAGUACCUGGUGACUCCUCCUCAGCAAGUGGCGGCCGUCAACUCUUAGUAGAGGUUGGAGAAGGGAGCCAACUCUUCGUAUAGGUUAUACCAAGGUGGACAUUUUAAGUGUAGAUUGUAUCACAAAGUCAUUUCUUAAUAUGCUGUGAAAGGUGUUUUUUUCACACAAAAUAUUUUUAUUAGUACAAUAACUAGGGUUGGAACGGUUAAAAAUGUGUUGUGCAUUGGUGAUGGAACCAUAAAUGAUGAACUGUCAUCUUGAACCUAAUAUAGUAUUAAAAAUUGCAUCAUGGAUAUUUCCGGUGCCAAAUUAAUAGCUAAACAGAUAGCAGUUGACAAAUGCACCUCGUAAUGCAUCUAACCUCAGCUUUUUAAGUUGAAUUACUUAGUGGAAUUUUCCCUCUUUCACAGGAUACAUGUUUUUACUCGGCAUUUGUGUUAAGUACAAGUUAAACAGUAAAGACAAGAUCAGAAAUAUUUGCUUGUUCUUGUAAGUUUAUAUUUGGUCUAAAUCAGACUUCAGUAACCAAGGGUGUACAAAUUCUACUUUGAGGGCUUGUGAAAACUGUCAGUGCUGUUAUGAAAAUAUAGGUGGGCUGGUGUUAUUGAUCAGAACGGGCCUGCAGCCUAUUACUCUUAAUAGGAAAUUAUUGUUUUAAAAAACCCACCUGGGCAAGACAGCUCAACGUCAAAAAUAUCCGACAAUGCAUGGACUUUAAUGCAUGCCUAAACAUUGCUGUAUGUUAAGUUUGCUGUAGAUAACUUAAGUAUGAAUUAAUGUUUGUAUUUAUUUUUAUUGUUACAACCAUUUGAACUAACUGGGGACUUGAUAACCGUAUCACAUUGCUGACAGGGCAAUGUUAAAACACAGCGAAAUGAUUGUGGAAAGUUUUACAUCAUGAAUUGUUUGCAAUUGUUAAGAAAAAACGAUGUGAAAAUGUACACUUUUAUUGUAGGUUGUGGUUUACUAGGGAGAUGAUUGAAGAAGUGAAUACGAACCUUUCCUCCCUGUGGUUGUUGUAGAUUAGUGGUGCAAGUUAAAUUAAUUAAAUAUACGUAGCUCUCAGUUCUAAAGAAGACACACCAUAGGUUAAAGUUCAACACAGAUAAUUAAAAAUUCUGUAAUUAUAUUUAAAGUCGGUCCUAAAUUAUGAAUUUCAUGUCUUCUUAUAAACUUAAACUAUACAUAUAUACUUAGAAUUCUGUAAUCAUCAUCUUUCAUUCUGUAAAAUAAAUUUUCCAGGAUUUCAUAUCUUCACUUACUGAUUUGUUUUGAGGAAAAAGCUCAAAAUUUUAACACAUUCUAUAAAACAAUUAACAGUAUAGGUAUAUGGUAUCUAGUUAUUUUUUUUAAUUUGUUUGUCCCCUUCUCCAAACGAUUUAGAUAUCUUAUGUGAACUGAAAAGUCAUACAGUGUAUAUUUAAUUGUUAUGUACAGGUACACUAACAAGCUAUGUUACUUUCGUAUACGACCACUGAUUUUGUUGAAGGUAAUGUUUUUUUCUUUCUUUCUUUCUUUCUUUUUUGCUCACCUGGUCUGAAGGACCAAGGUGAGCUUAUGGCA